GUGAAGUGGGAGUGUCGCUGAGAGGGCCGUGAAGUUUUGCCCUGAAACGAACGCACCAGCACAGGGAAUUAUCUCUGGAUUUUCAUGAACUAAACGAUUGUGUGGAUAUGAAACAUGAUAGGGCGUGAAGUGGUGGAUUUCAGUUCCCACACCUUCCUGCGGCAUCAUGAAAACGAAGCUGGCGUUCUUCCUCAUCCUGAUGUUCGGAGUGCUCGGACUGCUCUUCCUCACGCAGACCAGCGUGGAGGAAACCUACGACGUUUUUAACCCCAAGGCAACACUGGAGCACAGCCCAAGGAAAAUUCCUUCAACAAUCAGCCAAAAGUUCAGCGGCCCAAAAAACACAGCUUUUGACCCUCGGGAAAUGACUCCAAACCAUACUGAUGAUACCAUUGUAACGAAACCAGAUAACACCUCUCUCUUGAGGCCAAUUGACAACUCCAAAGUGAAAAUGACCACAAUAAUGUUACAGCACAAUUUGACCAAAGGUGUCCAAUGGACAGGCAUCCACGAGGAGCAAGAGAGGCGGAAAUCUUUCCUCCAAAGUUUCUGUGAAAAGUUCAAAAGGAAUGGUCCCCCUGCUUUGGACCUCACAGAGAUGGUGUCCCAAAUAUACGUGGAGGAGAAACACAAAAUCCUUUACUGCGAGGUGCCUAAAGCUGGGUGCUCCAACUGGAAGAGGUCUCUGAUGGUCUUAAACGGCCUCGCCACCUCCAUGGACUACAUCUCCCAUGAUGCAGUGCACUAUGGGAAGCAUUUACGGAAGCUGGACAGCUACAACAGGACGGUCAUCCAGGAGCACCUCAGCACCUUCACCAAAGUCCUGGCGGUCAGGGACCCUGUGGAGAGGCUGGUGUCGGCUUUUCGGGACAAGUUCGAGCAGCCCAACCCCUACUAUCACCCGGUGUUUGGGCGAGCCAUAAUCCGCAAGUACAGGGAAAACGCCACCCGGGAGGCCCUGCGCUCCGGGUCGGGGGUCACGUUCCGAGAGUUCAUCCAGUAUCUCCUGGAUCCCGAUCGGCCUGUGGGAAUGGACAUCCACUGGGAGACCGUCAACAGGCUCUGCUUCCCCUGUUUCAUUACCUUCGACUUUAUCAGCAAGUUUGAGACUCUGGAACAAGACGCCAAUUACUUUCUCAGGCUGAUCGGUGCCCCUGGAGAUCUGAGGUUCCCUUCCUUUAAAGACAGGCAUUCGGCUGAGGAAAGAACUAGUCCCGCCGUUGUCAACCACUACAUUAAUCAAGUGCCCCCGACUGAGAGACAAAGGAUAUAUGACUUUUUUUACUUGGAUUAUUUAAUGUUUAACUAUACAAGGUCAUACAGCAAUGUAAAGAUUUCUCGAUGAAGGUCAAAACCAAACUGAGUUUGUGUACAAAAGUAGCGAUCAGUGUUAUGCAUGGGGAAAAUUGACUCCAAAGAUGUUCUUCUAGAUAUUUAAAGACUGUUUUGUUUCUUCCUUAACCCCUUACGUAUCGCCCCUUUUCGUGACACAAGCUUGAAAAUUACCAACCAAAAAUAGUUACUGUUCUUGAAUCCUUUUGUCAACAGGCAUAAUCCAGGUAUGUUCUGAAAGAAGUCCAGUGCUCUUGUUACUUGAAUACAUGGGACUACACACCCAUUUAUUAUUUUUUGUGAUGAAAAAUGAACUAUUUAAACUAUUUAAAAAUGUAUUGACAGUGGACAGAAUAAAUAACAAUAUUUAUGUGAACUGAAAAGAUAACAUUCAAUGACAUUUGACAUUUUAUGCAGAAAAUGGGUCUGUCUGCUUUCUGUCAUUAAAAAGAGUUUGCUUUCUUAA